GAUGACAGUGAAGAGGAUCUACAGGAGGAUAUAUACGGUCGAACCAUAAAUAGAAGGACUGGUCAAAUUAUUGGAGCAGAUCCGAAGGCUGCCUUGAAGAAGUUAGAGGACCUUGAUACCAAAAAUGGUGAUAGCGAAUCAAAGAAGGAAAUCGAACGUGUGCUCAUGGGGACAAUUAAUAGGUUAUCGGAGGGUACAUUGGUGAGAAGUUACCACAUAGUUUCCGAUUAUUGGCAACACCAUUCGAAGAACGCAGCAUACUUCAUUGAGAUGCUUCUGCGUGAACUCAUUGGGGAAAUUUCUAAGACACCGAAUGGUGAUGACAAGAAACUCGAGAAUAGCGUGGUGUUUCUUGCACAUCUGCUCCAUUUUCGGAGCCUCUUUACUCCGAGAGCACCUAUGUUUUCUGGCUUUUCUUACAACAAAACCGACUCUCCUAUUUAA